CCUGUCUGAAAGCAGCAGCAGCGGCGGCGGCGGCGGCGGCGUUAGCGGCGGCGGCGGGAGCAACAGCGGCGUUAGCGGCGGCGGCGAGAGCGCGGCAGCGUGGGGCGCGGGACGGGCAUGACUCGCAGGCGGAAUAAGGCGGUGGGCGCGGACGGGGCGCGGCGGGAGCGGGCGGGGGGAGCAGCCCCCCCAGAGCCGCCCGCGCCCCCCGCCGGGCCCGGCCUUCCAGAGACUCCCGAGGCGGCGGCGGCGGCGAGCAGUGCGGAGCAGGGCAGAGCCUCACAGGUACCGGGAGCGCGCGCCCACAUCCCGCCCUGCAUCCACACCCCUCUGCUGCCCUUAGACCGCUCGCCCCGCAUCCAUUUGCGGCGCGCGAUCCACCCUUCACCCAGAAACCCCGACCGCACACGUCCGCCUGCACGCGGAUCGCCCCGAUCCAUCCACCCGAGGUGCCCCCCGUUCGCCUCCCCCCACUCCCCGCCCCCGCCGACUGGGAUCGCCCUCCUGGAUGCGGCUCCCGCAGCACAUUGCACGAGUGCCACCAGACAUCCAGCAGCGGCACCCAGUGUGCGCCGUGCAGUCACCUCAAGAUCCACCUUGAAUCCAAGCUGUCUAGAUCAUGACCUAGGGUGUGUGUGGUGUGUGUGUGGCUCGCUCUCUCCCUAUCCCCCCUUACACUGAAGCCACCUGCUUCCCCCACAUCCAGCGCCCGUCAGGCCCAGAUCCCCACCUCUGUUCAUGUCAAGCCCUCGCUUCCUCUGCCCACCCUCUUGUUACAUCCAGCACUCAAAUCUACUCUAGUCCAACCACAAACAGACCCACAUCCACAAUCCUUAUGUGCACUACUUACCGAUGCCCCUUCAGUGUGCAGUGGCCACCUUUUUGCUUGCAUGCAACAGUCGCUGAGCAUUUAUAGUCUACCCUAGCCUGCAGAAGGCUGCUAGACCAGGUCCCCUUCUCCUUUACUUAGGAAAGCCCCAUUCCAUAUGUUCGACGCACCACCAAUUCUAUAGCUUUUGGUGCUGGAGCACCCAUACAUUCUGUGCUUGCUGCAUCUUUUCAGGCUUCUUGUUGCAUCUUCCUCAGAUAUAGAAAGACAGGCCUUCCCCCAAAUACUAACUAGUACUUAGCAUAUGCAGCUUUAUCGUCUGUUUGCAUUUUGAGCAUUUCCAUUUCAUUUGCUUCUCUUGUGGGGCUGAAAAUUGAGUGGGGCCUUGCCCUGCGACCAUGCUGUAUCUUGUCCUUCAGAUUGUGCCCGGGCCUGUUUUCAGAUAUAUGCACGCAUCCCUUCCCAGUAGGUAGGGGGUGGCAGCCAACUGAAUCUUUGUGCAGUCUACAUUUCUACUAAACAAGAAAUCAGAGUAGGGAACUAUUGUUGCUUGCUCAGAUGAACUAGCACCAUAGAAUUGUAGAGUUGGAAGGGACCAUGAGGGUCAUCCAGUCCAACCCCCUGCAAUGCAGGAAUCAACAAAUGGCCACUAUCCAAUGUUUCUUGCAAGAAGGCUGCUUUGGAAGGGUAAGGGCAGAUGUGUGGACAGAGAACACAUGAGACUAAUGGCAGACAGCACUGACCAGUGUACACCACAGAAGGUCACUGUGUAAGUGAUGCUCUGCCCUCCAAGAGGAAUUGAGUUUCUCCAGCUGGAUGUUGGUAUUUGGGUGAAUUUGCAGAGCUUUGCUGAGUUACUGUGGGACAAUUGGACAGGAGCUGUGCUGCAAGCAGAUUGCAGUUUGAGCCAAGGAAAGAGCUAGAACCUGGCAUGGACAGAGGAGGAUGUUCAAAAUCCAUUCCAGUGUGUCUCUUGGUCCUGAGUCUGCAUAGGUAACAUCUACCCUUAUGGGCACUGGGGAAACUGCUCCUAUCUCUGUACUGUUAGCCAUGUACGCUGAGGUGGCAAAUCCUCAGGACAGCUUUGUGUUAACUAAGGAUUGUAGAAUUAGCCUUCUGGGAAGCCAGGCUGCUGUUGGCAGACAGCAGACCUGCAGGAGACUCAGCCAGAGUUACACAGAGUAUGUGGAAGUGGGGGCUUGUCUACAGACUGUGCCAGUCGGCAAGGCAUUUUCAGCCUUUUUCAGGGGGCGGGGCAGGGAGAGAGCGCUCUUCUUGUUUGCACACCUGUUUUUUAGCCUGGCUAACGAGCCAUUUGGUGGGUGAAGCGGGCACAGUGGCAAAUUUGUCCCUGGAUAGGAUACAGUGCACCUAGACUGGCAUGUGUCUGGCCCAGGAUAAAAGAAUCCCAAACUAUCAUCAUACAGAGUUGCUAGCAAGUAAGCAAGCAAGUCACCAGUCGCAGGAGAGCAGUCAACGUUUUUUGUCCGAUUGUGUCUCCUAGACUUUUGCAUGCAGUGGGAAUGAUUAAGAGGUAGUUUCUCUCCAUGAAAGUUUGUGUCUCAUCUGCCCCGGUGCUCAAGUUAUGGACAAAAAGGUACAGGGUCCCUAGUGAAAGUCAUAAGCCCGCACCCCCAACUUUCCCUGCUUUUAAACACCACGCCUCUAUGUAGCCUUUUCCCCCUCUCAGUUUUUAAACUUAAAUUGAUAAAAUUAUAUCAUUACAGUUUUAACAAAAUUCAUCCAAUUCGUCUGUUACAUCAUACUUUGAAUCCCUUUUUAGUUUUGUAAAAACUGGCUGAGGGGGUUAGCAUCAAAUAAAGAGAACUGGGGCCCCUCUAGACUGCCUGUAAUUCAAGCAUUGAUCUGCCCCCUCCCCGCAAAUAUGCCAACUUCAUUAUUCAGAGAUGAGAGGAUUACAAAUAUCACAUAAAUGAGACCACAAUAGACUAUGAUGUGCUAUAGCAGGGUUGGGAAUUGGUUGGGAGUGCUUCCCUUGCUGCUUAUUAGAGCACGUAUUCUCUACGGAGAACUGGGUUUAAGAGACUAGCACAUAAGUGUGCAACAGAUAAGUCAAGUCAGGGUGCAGCACAGCAGCUUUGAGAGUUGCCGGGUGGGGAGAGGAGUGCUGUUUGUCUGUCUUGUCCAUACCAAGGAUGGCCAACAUCCAUGCCAUGUGAGAUGCACAGGGCAUAACUUCUUACCUCAUGGCACUCCUCUCACAUGCCUCUGAGACAGUGUUUCUCAAACUUUGGUCUCCAGCUGUUGUCGGACUACAACUCCCAACAUCCCUAGCUAACAGGACCAGUGGUCAGGGCUGAUUGGAGGUAUAGUCCAACAUCAGCUAGGGACCCAAGUUUGGGAAACACAACUCUAAGAUACGGUGUGCUAAUAUGCUAGGGAGUCACUCUCGGCUUCUUGGUUUCCUUUGGUAGACGGACCUGUCACACUGAAACAAAGAACAUGACUUUCCUAGCCUCACUUUUCACUUCGUAGAUAGAAGAACAGCUCCCCUGGCCAAGAUGCUGGGGUAAGGGGCAAUAAGUUCAUGACUGGGGACUGGGAUCUGGUCCUUGAGCAUCUCAGCCACUCCACCCCUUGAAUCCACCCCUACCCCCACACUCAGUAACAUGCUCAUCUGUGUAGUUGCUCAUCUUCCAUAGUUGUGGAAGAUGCACCUCGCAGCAGCCCUGCUAUCUACACUUCCAAGGGUCUAAUGCUAGCUAUGACUUUCAAGGCAGAAAAGGCUUCCACGAUCAACAGGUUCACGCAGAGGAUAUUUGAGCAUCUUCAGGAGAUAAGUACAGAAGUAGAAGCCAGUGGAAAAGACUUAGUGUUGGAACAGCUAGGUAUAGGUUAAUACAAAACUAUUAGUUAAAACCCAUUAUGAUGCACUGUAAUCAGUUUCCUAAUUAUGUGAUUUCUAUGUUCCCGGUAUUUGGGACACAAAAUAGUAACUGGAAAGACCAGCUUGUUGCUGGCUUAAGAGCAAUUGCUACAGUGGCUUGGACAGAGCUGUUACUCUUACUGUCCCAGUGUAAUGAAGUGUGAUGCAAACCUGCAGUGGAAACUUAAGCACAGAGCAGGCUUCCAAAUCCAGUUUGGAGAGGUAGUCUGCGAACAAAGACCAAAAGACACUUUUAGUUGCAUGUGGUGUCUGAAGUACCUAUGUAUUGCAAAUAAAUCAGAAAGCAUUGUUGAUAAAUGAACAAAAAGCAGCAGCACCUCAAUUCUGAGAGGAGUUACCGUUCCACAAAGCCACUUGCCUUUAGUUAAGACAUGGGUUGGGGAGAAGAGAAUCACUGAAUCAAAAGUUCCAUACUUUCUGCUUCUUAACUAUAUCUCACAUAUCCAGCCACAAAGCUUCAAUCGACUGAUAUGGGAAACCUUGAUGGAAACUCCAGAAGAGCUUUCUGGUAUGUGUAGCUCUACUGCAGGUUAACCUAAGCUGCAGAAAGAGAAGGCUGAGGUGCUGAGCGCAUUAGCAUAGAUUUGUGCCUAUGCUGUCCUUUCCCUGCCUGAAUCACAGAGCCUUUGUUCCAAGCAUUAAAUGAGGGUACAUAAAUAGUUCCAAUUGGAUAUUAUCCUAGCAAGUUUUGUUAGGAAUAUCAUCUAGCUUUUAUUUUGUGCUUUCAGGUGUUUAAACGAAUUUACAUUGUUUCAUUUACUCUAGCAAGUGCUUAUUCAUCUAAUCAGAGUCUAAUGCUUGGAGCAAAGCAGAAAUGUGGGGAAUUGGAGAAGACAAACAGUAGGCAGCCUGUUACUUUAGGAUGCUACAAGUGUUCUGCAAAAGGGACAGUGCAACUAGCUACAUGCAAACGUUUCAGGAUAGCUCUAGGGAGAUUUUAGGAUAGCUUUUCUGUUCUCUCUGUUGGUCCCUGCAGCUCAGCUAAAACUUCAAGUAUGUGCAUAUGAAUUGGGCGUAUGCAGCUGUACACGUGCACACACUCUCCUUUACAGUUUGCAGGCUUCUGCAGCAAGCUGGAAACUGGCCAGCAGCAAACUGGAAGGCAAUGGUUGCCAUAUACACCAAAUGGGACAGAUCUGCUAUGCCUUAAAAAGCAGUGUGGCAAGAAGAAUCCACAGGUGUAUCUGCUUCCACUACCACACUAAGAAAAACAGUACCCAGUGAUCAUCUCUCUUUUAUAUAGCUUUUCAAGGCACCAGAGCCUGGAGCCUGCAGUUAAACCAACAGCCACACUUCAAUACAAUGAGGCAAGUUUCUCUUGUCCACUCAUUUCUAAGCAAUUAGGAAUGUACUAGUGGAGUUGACCUUCACAGCACUUGUUCGGAAGCUGCAUGGAGGCUAACUUACAAUAGUCUAAUUAAAGUAAUUAAAAAGAAAGUUAGUCCUCCAAGCAAAAGCGACAGGGAUGCUGCCAGGCAGCACACCAGAGCUAGUACUGUACAAGUUUUGCGAGACAGACUGCUAGUAGUAACGCCUCGGGUUCACAAAGUGAGAUUUAGACUUGCCACAAACACUUAAGGCUGGGCAGGCAUGCUGACAUACUUGUCCAUAAGUUGGUGUUGCUUAGCACAGCAGCCAGAUUUCUUUAGCUUGACUAUACAGAGUGCAUUAAGAUCUUCCCUGCCUUUGAUGUUGACUUUUUGCACUUCUCAGUCACAACUGUCAGCGGUUAGAUUCUAUGAUGCCACGAAAGAUUGCCACAAUAAUCCAAGUGUAUUGUUUAAUGUUGUCUUUUUUGCUGCUGGUUUUUAUUAGCAGUAGACUACCUAGGGACGCGGGUGGCGCUGUGGGUAAAACCUCAGCGCCUAGGACUUGCCGAUCGCCAGGUCGGCGGUUCGAAUCCCCACGAUGGGGUGCGCGCCCGUUGCUCGGUCCCAGCGCCUGCCAACCUAGCAGUUCGAAAGCACCCCCGGGUGCAAGUAGAUAAAUAGGGACCGCUUACUAGCGGGAGGGUAAACGGCGUUUCCGUGUGCCGCGUUGGCUCGCCAGAUGCAGCUUGUCACGCUGGCCACGUGACCCGGAAGUGUCUGCGGACAGCGCUGGCCCGCGGCCUCUUAAGUGAGAUGGGCGCACAACCCUAGAGUCGGACACGACUGGCCCGUACGGGCAGGGGUACCUUUACCUUUACCUUUACCUAGAGGCUCACGGCAAUUUCUGGAAAACUAUGGAGUUGUCUUUAUCCAUCUCCUGGCUUCAUUUCCCAUUGUACCAAACCAGAUCCUGUCCUUCCCAUCUUGAGGUUGGGGUAGCCAGACAGAGUUUGAGAAUGCAAACUAACAAAACUACUUAACAAACCUUCUUCUCCCCAGAUUCAAGUACCAGUUGCAGUCUUGUUACCCAGGGCCAUGAUCCGGGGGUGCAUUAACUGGAGUUAUUUUUGUAUGUUUCUUUUCAGCAGCUGUCACACUAAGUCAGUCUUGCAGUUAGCAACUGCCUCUUGGUGAACACCCAAAUGGCCAACUGCUUGCUAGCCAUAGCAUAUUGCACAAGAUCGCCACAGUGCUGUGCUUAACACAAAGCCACCUGCUGGGAGCUGGAUGUGUCCUUCUGCUCUCUAGCAUUACAGACCCAGUGGCUCCAACACUAGAAGAGCAAGUACACAUAAUGUUCAAAGGCUUCACAUUGUGACAUUUUGCUUUGCAGAAGUUACGCCAUGAAGGUGACACACUUACUCUUCCCUUCCUAGUGUUAGGAAGCUGUUGGUGCUCCAGUUCUGCUUUGACAGGAUUCUAGGUGAUCUUGCAAUUAGAUUUCUAGGAGCUCAGGAAGGUGCUGUAUACAGAAGCAGACCAUUGUCCCACCCAGCCCAUUGUCCCAUUAUCCAUACUGAUGGCUCAGUUCUUCAGGGUUGCAGACAGCAGACACUUCCAGUCCUACCUGGAAAUGUCAAUGAUUGAAUCAGGGACCUUCUGCAUGUAAACAAAAGCUCUACAACUGAGAUACAAUCCUUCUCAAAGUGUUGGUGCUGACCUUUAAAGCCCUAAACGGCCUUGGCCCAGUAUAUCUGAAGGAGAGUCUCCACCCCCAUCGUUCAGCCCGGACUCCGAGGGCCUUCUGACAGUUCCCUCACUGCGAGAAGUGAGGUUACAGGUAACCAGGCAGAGCGCCUUCUCAGUAAUGGCACCUGCCCUGUGGAAUGCCCUCCCAUCAGAUGUCAAGGAAAUAAACAACUAUCUGACUGUUAGAAGGCAUCUGAAGGCAGCCCUGUUUAGGGAAGUUUUUAAUGUUUGAAGUUUUAUUGUGUUUUUAAUAUUCUGUUGGGAGCCGCUGUGAUACUGCCCAGAGUGGCUGGGGAAACACAGCCAGAUGGGUGGGGUAAAAAUAACAAAAUAUUAUUAUUAUUAUUAUUAUUAUUAUUAUUCUCCAGAAGUAGCAGAAGACACAGGAAGCCAGAGCAAACAGUGAAAGACCCCAAGGUUUCUUUUCUGGAAAAAGAGGUGCCAGAACUUGUUGAGCUUUUUUUAAGGGAGAAACCAUCAAAAGUUGUUGAACUUCUCACACCAGUCGCCUUGCUGCCUGCAGCCUCCAUCAUCACUCACCACAGAGUGCCGUGCUGCCCACAGCCGCUGGCGCUCGACCUCCAGUGACAGGUUGUCAGAACGCACCAAAGAAGUGCCGGAAUUCGGUUCUGGUGAGUUCCAGCUGAAAAAAUGCCCUGCCCAUAGCAGUCACCUUUGUAUAGCCACCCACUUAUGUGACUGUGGAAAAAUAUCCCCUCACCAGGUCCCCUGUUUGUGGCUCAGCGAAGAGGAUAGUUAGCUGCCUUUCCUGCCACUCAGUAGAAAAGGAUAUCUUGGUAGUUUACAGUGCUUUUUUUCAGCUGGAACUCACCGGAACUCAGUUUCAGCACCUCACAGUGCCGUUGCCAUUAUAAGAGAACGAGGGAGGCAUUUGUGGUGAGUUUAGGCACCUCUUUUUCUAGUAAAAUAGUUGGUACUUUGGUACUAGUGUGGUGGUUCUCAAAGGGUGUGGCAGGAGAGGAUGGCAAGUGUGGUGGGAAGAUUCAAGGACAAUCAAAGAAACGUUCAAACAUUUCAGUGUAGUAUAGCAUUAAAAAAAACAACCCAAUUUUUAAACCAUGGAAUAUGUAGCUGCAUUGUUUUAUAUACCGGUACUUUCCGGAUUUCUUAUGUUCAUAUUAUAAAGUAGUUGUGUUCUGUGUUAUAAAUCAAGCAUUACUAGGAGUUGUUUCUUUUUGUUUUCUAAUGUAUUUCUUAUCAGUAAAAAAUUCAUUGUGGCCCAGAGAAAAAAGUUUGCAAACCUCUGUACUAGUAAAUACCCUUGGCAAGGACAAGAAAGGGUUUUGAUGCAUGCUCACCUCAGGAGCGUGUGCGAGGAAGGAUCAGGCCAUUCUGCUGCCACCUCUGCUUGUCUAGGCUGCAAUGAGAUGAUGGCAUGCUGCUGACUUAGCUGCUGAGCAACUAAGAGGCAGUGACAGGGAUAAGUCAAAAUCCUUACUACCAUCUUUACUGACACUCCUGACUACUGGGAAAAGUUAGUGCUCCCAGUGCUGCAUGCAGAACAACAUCAAUAAACUGCUGUAUCCAUAAGUUGUAGUUUGAGGUGAGGAGGCUGAGGGUUAAGAAGAGUAGACACCUCUGCUUUCCCUUCCCAUAUGCAUGUGGUCAACUCUCUUACAUCAGUAGGCCAUGUGUACUUAGGAGCUGAGUAGCAAAGUUGCAGAGUAAGAUACAUGGAUGCGUCUCUCCUUCUGCCCAGUUGCCAGAACACACUUGCUCUUUAGCAUUGAGAGACUGUGCCCAACAUUUUCUCUUCUCAGAUUAAACGGCCACAGCCAGUAGCCUUUUAAUGCACCGGAAGGGAGUUGGGGCAGAGCCAAACUUCUAAACUACUUUCUAAAUUCAGUUUCAAAGAGCAGGUCAGGUGCAAGAAUUCCUAGAAGGGGAACUAGCUCAGAUAUGCAUGUACAAGUAUCAGCAGCUCAGAUACCAAGAUGCUUCUGAAAGCUGUGGGAGUGUUUUGAAAGGCACAGCUCAGGUCCUCAGUUGAUAUACCAGCUGAAAGGGAGCCUCUCACACUUCUGGAUUGAAGCCUAGGUUGGAAGAAAUGACCCAGCCGUCAGAAUUAGUACAAAUAUCUCUUCUCUGUCUACACUAAACAUUCCAUAGCAAGGUCUUAGCCCAGGCAUGGCCAAACCUGGUCCUCAAGCUGUUUUGGGACUACAGUUCUCAUCAUCCCUGACCACUGGUCCUGUUAGCUAGGGAUGAUGGGAGUUGUAGUCCCAAAACAGCUGGAGGGCCAAGUUUGGCCAUGCCUCUUAGCCUUUUGGUCUUUACAUUACUCCCAUUCAUUUCUCUUUUAAAAAAAAUCUGUUGAUUGCUCACUUGUUUCAGAGGUCCUUUUGCAAAAAGGUGUGCAGCAAAAUACUAGUAAGCUUUAUUAGUUAUGAUUUCAGUGGCAAGGCUGAAAUGGACUGGUUACAAACAUUCUCCCAAAAGGGAGCUUUUAUAGGAUGUUCCUUCCUCCCCACCCCCAAGUUAGUCCUUGCUUUGAGAGGGUACCAAGAGAGCAGUUUAGGGACAGAGAGCCAAAAAGGGAGAGACUUGAAUAGUGGCAUUGGGAACAAACCAGUGAGUGCUGAUUUGUUAUCUGUGUUUGGACUGCUUGGAUAUUACACAGCAGGACUGGGACAUAUUAUUUGUUAAAUACAAGCUGGAUUUCUUCCUGCAUCUAACUCUUAUCCUCUGUUUAGGCAUUCCAUACACUAUGCUCAAAUAAAGGCAAAAAGCUCACCUACUUCAGCAGCAAGCCACCCACCAGCUUGAGAGUCAGUUGGUCAGAUUUUUAAAAACAAACAACCACCACCAUCCCAAUAUUUAGACAUUAUAUAACAGCAGUUGCCUGUGUGCCUAUUGCUCUGACCCAAACAGAUAUAUAUUGUUCUGUGGUAUAAGAAGGUAGGCUUUGCUCCUGUUUUCUGAAAAUGUAUACUCUGCUUCCAGGCAAGAGCUCUUCAAGACAUCACAAUAAAAGCUACAACAUUUUUUAAAAAUCAAAUAAUUAAUUGUGUAGGGAGGUUAUCUGCUGUAUCAACUUCUGUUUCUACAGUUACUUCAUACUUCUUUCACUGUUCUGUUUAGAGCUGUCAGCUAAACCAAAAUGAAUUUGGUGUGUCUGCUGUUUAACAACUUACAUUUACACCACUUUGCAUAUUACUAAAACUGCAACAGAACUGCUUUUUUGAGACCUCGCCAUGCAAAAUAUCCUACCAUUUAUUUCCUUGCUAUACAUCGGAACCCAAAUGCCAAACUUGCUUUUAAAUCACAGCACUACCAAUUAAAACUUUCCCUUCAUUAAAGUGGCUAAAGGUUUGGGCAAUUGAUUUAUAGAUUUAAAAGUUGUUGCCCUAAUUCAAACAGAUAGCUUUCUAUCAUGGAGUUUACCAUAAGCCCUCACCCCUCUUUUCAGUUCCUCAUUUUUCAAAAAGCAAAUAAAUCAUCUAUAUGUCUUAGAGGGCAGCGCUGGACUCACAGAAGUGACUUUAAAAGAGAGCUUCUAACAGGAUAUCUACAGGUGAGGAGGGGAAUCACAGUUCCAGCUUUAAGAAAUGGGAAGAUGAGAUGCAGCUUAUGUAUCUCAUCUUGAACAAGUGACUCUUCCAACAAGAAAGUCCCUCCUAUCUGGGAAAACGAGUCCCUUACUAGUCAACCAAAGCUCCCUGGGGUAGCACACCUGAAUAUAAAAAUAUACUAACCAAGAUGACCACAAUACAAGAAGAUUUCAGUUACUAGCUGUGAGCACACAAGGAAAAUUUAAUUUUGAAGCCUAUAGGAAAUGUAUAUCUAAAAACAGAAGUCAGAACUACCUGUGUUAUUCAGCACACUCUCACUCUCCAAUUACCUGAAGAGGAUUCUCUAGGGACUCACCUGCUUAAUAUAGUCCUGAAUGUUAGCAGGAAGAAUAGCAUAGGCUGGAACAUGCUAUAGUCUGGGUAUGCUCAGAACUACAUUUGUUUGAGCCAUUUUCAAAGUUAAGAAGCCUCAUAGUAGACAGAGGGGAAUCACAGACACAUCUAAAAUUUGAAACUAUGGGGAGGGUGGUAGUGGUGUUACCAUUCAGCCAAUCAGAAAGCACCCACCUUCUGUCUUUCCCUUCAGUAUUAUCCUAAAAGAUGUCUGUCUGUUUCCCUUAUAAAGCACCUGAGGAUCUACUACGCAUGCUCAGUACUGUAAUUGUUUGCUGGUUGGAUGCAUGACCAAGGAGUGGGUGGAAUUGAAACUAUAAAUACAACACUUCCUGGUUGGGGCUUUGGUUUUUAUAUGGUCCAAUUAGUUUGGUAUGUUCUGGGGAAAUUCAUUAACUAAUGACUGAGUGGAUUAUUUUCUCUUAAACACUUUUCCUUGCUGUAGUUACUAUUUUCUGAAAGUGCUUCUCCCCUUCCCCUAACAUUUUUGGAAAUACUUAUUUUCUGUUUUAACUUUAAAGCUGGUAAAAUUAAGUCAAGGUGUGUCUUUACAAAUGUGGUUCUCCUUAUCGCGGAGGGCAUCUCCUUUUCGUACAUUGUUCAGGUAAAACUUAGCAGUCCCAAACCAAACAAGUUUUAUGGUGGUAUCUCGAUGUUGUAGUUGUUGUAGGUGUGUGAUGUUUUGAUAAAAACGCUUCCCUUGGGGUGGUCUUGAUUCCCUGUUAAAAACGUUUGUGGGUAGCUUUGCACUCUGGUUAUUUUUCUAGCUGUCACAUUGUAAAUUGGAGGCCUGCCUCAGAGUAGGCCAGGUCAUUCCAAGGUAGCUAUAUCAUGUUGCUCAACCCUUAAUGUGCCACAUGGUGCAGGUAGGGUUGGAAUCCUUCGCAGAAGCUCUUGCCAGAAAGGUUGAGGUAAUGUGUGUGGACUUUAAGUCAAAGAUCUUGCUGGGCAGCCUCACUCAGCCUGGUGGCCCCCAGAUUUUUGGACUGCAACUCCUAUCAUCCCUGAUGAUUAGUCAUUCUGGUUGGGGUUUGAUGGGAAUUAUGCUUCAAACAUCUGGAGUAGGGGCAGGGAAUUAGAUCUGGCUGGCAGGCCUGAUCUUUACCUCCCUCACCCAGUGACCCAGCUUUGACAGGUGAAUAUAGCUGCCUAUAUGUAAAGGUAAAGGACCCCUGGACAGUUAAGUCCAGUCAAAGGUGACUGGGGUUGCGGCGCUCAUCUCGCUUUUAGGCUGAGGGAGUCGGUGUUUGUCCACAGACAGCUUUCCGGGCCAUGUGGCCAGCAUGACUAAACUGCUUCUGGCGCAACGGAACACCGUGACGGAAACCAGAGCGCACAGAAACACCGUUUACCUUCCCGCCGCAGCAGUACCUAUUUAUCUACUUGCACUGGUGUGCUUUCGAGCUGCUAGGUUGGCAGGAGCUGGGACAGAGCAACGGGAGCUCACCCCGUUGCCCGGAUUAGCUGCUCAGUGGUUACAGCAAGCCUCUUUGAAGUCCGUUUCCAUGUGUGGUUUGAAUCAAAGUGAUGCCUGCGAAUGGAAAAAUUCAGUGGCACUCUUAGGUCAGUACUGUCAGCAAGCCUUGCUUACCAAGGCACAAUUGGGAGCACCCUUUAAGUUCCAGAUUGUUCAUUAGCUGUUGAGGUUUUACCUGGCCCACAACUGAUGUCAUAUAUGAUGUUGGGUGGGUGUGGUUUGGGGAAAACUGCCUCACAAGCCAAACUAGAAACCCUGUCAGGCCUAAUUAGUGCUUGCAGACCAGAGGUUCUCCACUACUGGUCUAGAUCAGCCUUUCACAACCUUGGGUCGCCAUAUGUUGUUGGACUACAGCUCCCAUCACCCCUGGUUAGCAGGACCAGUGGUCAGGGAUGAUGGGAGUUGUAGUCCAACAACAUAUGGCGACCCACGGUUGAGAAAGGCUGGUCUAGAGGUUAAUACGUUGUAGAUGAAAUUUUAAAUCUAGAUUAGUAUUAGUGAGGCUGCAAUCUUAUGCACACGUACAUGGGAGUAAGCUCCAUUGAACUAAGUGGGUCUUCUAAAUACUUGUAUAUAGUACUGCAUAUGAUAUUGGACAGCAGCAUGGUAGUUGUUGACCAAAAAUGUCUGGAGCAGGAGCAGGAAAGAUUCCUGGGUUCCUUCUCUGGAUUCCUUCCUCUCCUCCCCUUGUGUGCUGUACUGGGGGUUCUCCUGAACCCCCCCCCAUCCAAUUUUGGGGCUUGGGAAAGUGAGAAAGGCAUUGUGCUAGUAGAAGUCCUUGCACAGGUUUCCACUAGCAAGACUCAGUUGAACCCCACCUUUAGCCUCUCGUAUUCCUGGUAAUACCAUUAUCAAACUGAAACAGUAGCAUGCUGCGAUAGCAUUUAAUGCAUGGUCUGAAAGAGAGACACUUGUAGAUCAACCUAAUUAGUAAAAAAUAAAUAAAAUUGUUUGUGAUUGUUUUCAGCAUGAGUAAAUCUUGUCUUCCCUACUCUUUGAUGUGAUUAGUAACAUAUGAAACUGCCUUUUUCUGACUUGGCCUAUUGGUUCAUCUCUCAGUAUUGUCUACAGAGACUUGCAGUAGCUUUCCAGGGUUUCAGUGAUAGGGUCCCCUCCACCAAUUUGCCCCUCCAACAGCAAAUUGUGCAUGGUAGUUAAAUAUACGGUAUCACUUCAUUUAGACAGGUUGAACUGGUCUAGUGUGGAAGCAAGUACCCCGUUCUGAUGUAGCCAAGCCAUCGACACUGACAAGUCAGCUUUUCAGGGGAAUAGGAGCAGAGAUGACUGCUUAACAGAACAAGAAACUUGUCUUCUCUGACAAUGCAGGGCACAUGCUGCUUAGCCUACGAUCUGCAGGAUGAGCAUGACCUUAGUGGGCUUUUGUUAGUGAUUCAUAUCCUGGAGUGUGGUGUCAGUCACAGCGAGGUCAGCUUUCAAACCUCCUAUUAGCAAUAAAGAAGAUCUACCACUGUGGCAUUUCCCACAUGCCUUAAGAAAUAUGGAUUAAAUAUCUGAAGUCUGAUCCAUAGACCAUAGUUCUUAAACAUGCCACUAUCCCUUUCUGCCCUCAGCAAACCUCUAAGGUGCACAAGGCUGCUGGAGAACAUGUCCGGUCAGAUGAGCAGCGAUUUGAAUCUGGGGUUGUGUCCAGAUGUAUGUGACCUUUGUGGCGAGCUUGCAGGGAAAGAGCACUCACUGUGGAGGGGGUCAAACAACUCAUUCAUACAAAGAAUGCAUGAGGGGGGUCACAGGGCUAUGUGGGUUACACCUCCCCCUCCCCUGCUGGUGUGUCCAAAAGGUGGCCUGCCCCACUACUCAAGUCUUCUAUACAUGUGAAAAGAGAGUGACUCAGAAUUCCCACUCAUCUGAGGUAGUUCUACCUGUGUACAUACUAUGUGUAGUGACUCUUUAAAUGCCUGCCAUUUGUCCAGCCAGUGAUGGCUGCAGGCUGGUGGACAGGACCCUGCUUUCUCCCUCAGAGCUUGAGGGUUUUACUUUUGAAUGACUCUUAAUGUAUUGUGCCUUACAUACAGACUUCUCUUCAAGAUCCAUCUCUGGGAGACCAGCUUAACCUGUUUCUGCAGAAUGGCCAUGGAGAUUGAUUGACUGAUUCCUCUGAUAGCACUGCCAUUUCUUUCAUUCACCCUUCAGUUUUCUUUUUUUAAAAAAACCCAAAAUGAAUAGAAAAAAUAAAAAAGGAAUUGAUUGUUUUUAUUCAGAUUGGGCUCUGAAUAAACAUUCAAGUGACCGGACAUAGUUAAGCUACAGUUUUUGAAAAAAUAUAUUUAAAAGGCAGGCUGCCUGCCCGAAAUGGGGAAGGGGUCAAAAUGGAGUAGUGAAUCAGAACUGAAUUUACUGGUAAAUGCAUGUCGAAAGGGUUGGUUCAAGCCAUGUGGAAACGAGCAGCUUGCCCUGAUUUUGAAGUAUGUCUGCACACAGCCUGGGUUCCCCAUACUUAAGAGAACUUUCUACCUACGUAUAUUUCAUGCGACCUCUGCCACCACGAUGGGGAAACUCAGGAGUCAGUAUUUGCUCAAGGUGAUGCAUUUUUGACGUAGGGUGCAAUUUUCAUGCGGGGACUCUUUCUAAGCAAGUGACUUCCUACGUGGAAUAGCCCUGCAGGAGAAUUAAUCUGCACCAGACAGUUCAUAUCUGGAUCAGACGCAAGACAAAACAAAGAGAUAAGUGUUUGGCUGGUAAUGUUCUCAUCCGAAACCUCAGAAGAGGCGUAAUGUUUAGAAUUCAGGAGUGAGGAAUCUGUGGCUCUCUAGAGUUGGAGUGCAACAUUAUUUGGAGGGCCACAUGUUCCCCAUCCCUGAGUUAAAUUGACAUGAUGGGGCAGGGCCACAUAGGCUCCAAUGCGUUUUGACAGAGCAGCAUGCUCACUAAAAUGAGGGUGGAGGCAGUGGCGGAGCUUCAUGCUUUGGCACCGGGGGGGGGGGUGGAGAGCAGAUGGGGGUGGGGCUGGCAUGUGUCCUGGGCAGGGGGGCAGCCGCGAUGGCACCCUGCCGCGAUUGCAGUGCCGGGGACGGGGCGCUCCCCCCGCACUCCUCUUCCUCCACCAGUGGGUGGAGGACACUGCUGGAUGGGUGUAAAGUAUCAUCAGUGGGCAAAAGAAAAAAAGGGAGGGGCACUCACACACUUGCCUGUAGACUACUGAUCAGAAGGAAGCAAGGAAUGAGAGGGCAGUAUCUCCUAACUCAACCUCAGCACUCAAAACAAAGGCUGGAUAGGAUGAGAGAGAAGCUCUUGCUUCUUUAGGAAGGCCUACUUAAGUUUGUAGAACUAUCAUGGUUGUGGCACUUGUGGCUGGAAGCUGAAGCAGGGAUAGGUGAGGGUCAGGGCUGGCUCAAGACAUUUUGCUGCCUGAGGUAGAGGACCAGCUGGUGCCCUCCCCCAACCAACCAGUCAGUCAGUCAUUUUAUUCAUAUGCCACCUUUCCAAGGUUAAAACCAUGCUCAAGGCUGCUUACAAUUUAUUUUAAAAAUGACAUAACUGCAAAUGUAAUGCAAGUAAUCCUAAAUAAUAAACAAAAUGUCAAGAAGUUCACAACCAAAUUGAACAAUUUACACAUAAAUCUUAAGAUACAAAAUACAAGAUACAAGAAGGUAACAACAACAACAGAAAAAAACAACCCACAAAACCCCCUAAACUAUGGCCCAGCUGCAAGGCACAUACAGAAGCCAAUUGGACUGGCAUUUGAAAUUUACUCCAAUACUGAUGAACAGGAUCUUCCACUGUACUUGAGGGCAGCAGGCUAGCAGGAUGGGCCACAUGGCACACACAGCUCUGCCCACUCCUUGUAUCUCAGUAUCUGCCGCCUGAGGCAGUUGCCUCUCCCUGCCUCAUUGCAGAGCUGGCCCUGGUGAGGGUUGCUGUAGGUGUGUGAAGUAGAGGUGGUGGUGGUAGGGAGCUUAUGACAAACUCGGGGACGUGUUUGCUAAGUCCAGAAGCAGCAGCAACAGGCGAAAUGGAUACAUUUCAGGGAUCCCGGUAAUAGAUACUGCUUAAGCAGUAGAUAUAUUUUUCAUUACGGUGUGGGUUGGAUAGCUGAAAGUAAAUACCUUUGUUUGCAUUUACUCUUAAGUGACAUCAGGAGUUGUGGAAAUAACGAGUGCUGUUUCUUAUACCCAAGGAGUUACUUCUUCCAUCAACAAUAUUGAAAUUUGUUCCAGAAAGUUUGGAAUUUCCAAACAGGCAUGACAAGGAUUGGAGUCCUGUGUUCUGAAUCUGUCUCUUGCUGUGUCAGUCCUCCUUUUGAGAACCUCACUCCUUGAUAGGGAUUUCCAGGGAACAAAGGUGUGGUGAGAAGAGGCUUGCCUAGGGAACAAAGAUGAGUGUGUUUUAAGGAGAUGUUUGUCUGCCUUGCAGUGUUUAAUUUAGGAGGUGAAAUCAACAUCUGAUGAUUUCCGGUGAUAGGUGCAUAUUCUAGGAUUAAAAACGACAACUGUCAUUUAAGAGAAGAGUUAAGGCAUUUAUGAAUUCACUCAGGCACCAAAAAGCAUGAAAACAGUAAGUUAAGGCAACAGCCUUAGCUUCUCUGCCAUGGAAGUGGUAAAAACCUAUGUAUUACUUUAGCCUUUGCCAACCCAAUGCCUUCCAGAUGUUUUGGACGGUGACUGGCUUAAGUUGAUGGGAGCUGCAGUCUAAAACAUAGGUAGGUACAGUCUGUGCCCAUUUACAACUUAGCGUCUGUGCACACAAAUUUUAUCUUGGUUUUUCAGCCCAAAUCCUCUAUUUAUAUCGGUUGGGAGAACUCUGAAGCUGGGAAGCUGGUCUUUAGUUAGAUAUAUAGUUUUACAUUCUAAGGGUUGUAUCCAACAAAAUCAAUGUGCAAGCAGAAGAGAUUUGGUAAACACAAUGAAAUACCCCCCCUCCCCGCCGACUGUCAGUUCCCUAAAUCUGUUCUGGUUCUUCCCUCCAACUCUCCAGCGCAGAUUUGGAGGAGAGUAGAGAAGUUCCAGUGCACUUGCAGAAGUCAUUCCAUGCAUGUAAUGAUUUAGUUGGAUAUAACCCUAAAUUUUUGAUUUGCUUACCUUAAGCUGUAAAGUACAAACUGUACAUGUUGAACUGAAAGCAAAACCUGCAGAGUAGCUAUCAAAACUGAUCAGGAUAUCAGACUUCCACUUUUGCUUUGCUCUUCUUCUGAAUUCUAAAGACUUACAAAGCAAUCCAAAGUGGGUGGGAGAGAGAAGAUCAAAGGUGAAGGAACCGCUGGGCUUCUACCAGCAGAAUGGAAGGGGUGGGGGCUGUGAGCUAAGCCCCAGGAGUGCAGUCUAAUGGAGUUGGGGCACCUUUUCUCUUGAUAUACACACACACAUGCACACAUGUGCUGGAGCACGUAAUAAUCAAACUUUCAUAGCAACACACCACACACAGGAAUAAGCAGGAGCAUGCCAUGAGUAGGCAUGUGCAAGGGUAUGCCAUAUGCAGGCAUGCACAAACAGAUGCAGUAGCCCAUUGCACAAGCAGCACACCACUUUUGAACAUGCACGGCAGCACAAUGUCGCACUCAGAGCAGCUAGAAAUGCACACUGCUCCAACCUGUUCCCUCUGGCAGCAACCCUUUUCCUCUGGGGAAGCAGGUUCAACCAGGGGAACUUCAGUCUGCCCAACAGAUCCAUUUUGUCAUACUUGCCCUUAGUUAAAUUGUUUAUUUAAAACGGGAACUUUGAACUGUCAUAACUUUAGGAAUACUUAACAGACUUUCACCAAAACAGCAAUUUGGUUUUCUCGCUUACGUGAAAGGGGAAAUUUUUAGGUAUGCUUUGAGAAAAGGGGUGUGCAAAAACAGGACACAAUUAAACUGCUAUCACACAUUGGCAUUCUUAGAUUUCCAGUGCCAGAUUUCCUCCUGAUAAGAUAAUUUGUCUUCAUUCUGAUGAAUAGCAUUUUCUGGUUUUAUGAUGAAAGAAUGCAGAAAAAGAACCUCACCUUAAACUAUAGUGCCAUGGGAUUGGUAAUUAAUAUUCUCUCACAUACGCUGACAAGUUGUUGCUGAUUGGACUCUCCCCCUCAGGGGUGUGUCUGAUUUUCUGGGCAUGCUCUGAGGCUGCCAGCCCACAUCCUGCUGUGGAACUACUCCUUUGUCACUUUCCUCCGUCACCCCUGCCCCCGAGCACACCUGUUCCUGCGGUGAUUGUGAGAAGGGAAGGCCGGUUCUCCUUCUGUCUCUUCCUCGUGCUGCACCCUUUGCCCCUUUGGGCUUUGUCUCACCUUGAGUCUGAGAACGACCAUCUGCUUUGCAGCAGCAGUCAGAUGCACGGCCCAUUGUCCCGGGCUCCUCAGUCGGUGGGGAAACAAUGCGACCCUGCCCCUAACCCUUCAUGCCUGUCACCAUCUCUAAGCAGUGCCGAGGCCGAUUUGUCGCUUGGCUUCCGCCCCGGAGCCAGACAGGAAGCUGAAGGCCUUGUGUGGGAAGAAUGAAAGGAGCAGCCAGGAGAAGGUUUCUGCCUUAUGUGUUGCAGCUGUUCCUCCGUCUUCAGCUGCACAGGAGCAAGGGGGAGCAGGCUGCCUGUCUUCUGGGCCCACAGGGCCUUGGGAUAGUGCUGGGAGCAUUGGGUGGGGGAAGCAGUGUCCUGUGCUGAGGCAGGAGUUGUGAGUUGGGGGACAACUGCGGGUGGGAGAAUAAAAGGGACAGAGACAACUGGGAUACAAAUCAGGCACCUUUGUGACUCUCCCACAGAAACACACACCCUUCUGCCAUCACAGACUAUUCAUUCCCUCUCCUCCUGCCCCGGAUCUGCCACUCUGCUGGUGUGCUUAGGUCUGAGGUCGCUUAGUGUGAACAGUAUUGUAGUAAUAGCAGAGUUAGGCAGGAAGCACUAGAAAAUCUUUUCUGGGAGCACCCAACUGCCGGCUGUCUGGAUGGCCUGUUUGCCCACAGGUUUGCAAGAGCUCUGUGGGAAAACCAUGGCAUGACAAAAGUAUUGCCCUAAUCCGGAUUUGGGGAUUUUCCUAAGCAUAUCCUGUCGUCAUAGCGCAUGGCACAGUGCUCCCCAGGCUCAUGUUCCCCGUGAGCAACCCUCACUUUCUGUGUGUUUGCCCUGCUGCAGGUGCUGCCCACCUCCAACCAGUCGGUGCAGACGUGCUGCUUGCUGUGCCACCGGGAGCGUAAAGAUUGGGGAGGGCCAUCCCACAAUGGGCUGAUAUCUCCGGGCGAGCGGCUGCCUCCGGAUUUUGUACCGACGCUGGUGCAGAACCUGCUGGGAGAGAUGCCGCUGUGGAUCUGCCAGAGCUGCAGGCAGAGCGUGGAAGAGGAAGAAAGGAGGGCAGUCCAGGAGCAGGCGCUGGCGGUAAGCAUUUAACCCCACCAGAACACACGCCAUCACUCACUCCGGGACAAAUGUUCUUGGGUCAAGGAGGGUUAACUGCUGUGAAGCCAGCAGUCUACAUAAAAGGCCUUCCUGGAUUGGUCAAGCUGCACACCCUUGACCACUGUCGGAUGGCUGUGUUAUGUUCUGGGACCCUAACUGCUCCCAGCUCUAGGCUGUGGAACUUGCCAGCUUUGGCUUGAGUGAAUGCAUUGCCUACAACAACAGGGCCUUGACUCUCUUCUUUCUUGUCACUGUCAUCAUUUGCGGUGGUGGGAAAGGGAAUGAGAGUAGAGGUAAGACUAGACAAGCCUGUCUCCUCACCGAGAGUCUGCGUCCUCCUGGGCAAGUGCCAUGGUGGGUCCAGGACAAGAAUUGGUUGGAGCAAAGGUUAGUCCAAUGUUACUAUUCCUCACAGAUCAGCCAUGAGCUUACCCUUCCAAGCAGACGCGUUGCAUUGGAUUUGUAGUCUGAGCCGCCCGUUCUCUUCCCAGGUCUCGCUGUCGCAUACGGCCUGCAAGUCACAGUCCUGCGGGGCAGGCUCCCACUCCUCUUCGUCUUCGUCAUCUUCAUCCUCGUGCCACGGGAACUCGGGAGACUGGGACCCCAGCUCCUUCCUGUCUGCACACAAGCUCUCGGGGCUCUGGAACUCCCAGCAUGCCAAUGGGGCAGCUCAAGGGAGCUCCCUGGGGGGAACACCUGUUGUACCAGGUAAGUUCAUGUUGCCCCUGGGCCAGUGAUGCUCUUCUCCCUUCUAGAUGCGGGGUUCUCCCAACAGCUUCUUUAUGGAGGCUAUGCCAGUAGUCAUUGGGAGGGGGCGUGGCAAUUGCUUAACUGUGUGAGGAAGUGCUAGCGUCUGGCAACCUAUAUCAAUACAUUUUGUCAGAGAAGGGAUGGCCAUACACAAGCCUGUCUUGCUCUUCUCCUGAGGGAGAGCAAUUCUUUAUAUGAAGGCCCCUGCUUACUGAGGUCUUCCCACCAGAGGCCUUUUGCAAUCUCCAUGGUCCAGAUGAGGUGCCACAAGUGGGGAGGUGAGUGAGGGGCCUGGAGAGCAGCCAGCUCCAUCUCUGACUCCAUUUCAGGUGACAAGCACCCCGGCCUCCCUCCGGAGUGUGCCAGCCAGGCCCCUGCUGUGGGAGGUGGGCUCAAAGCCUGCCCUUACAGCCACGCGCUCUCCCCAGCUCCCAGCGGCACCCCAGGCUCGCCUCUGCCUACCUCACUCGACUUCUGCAAAACUCUUCCCAAGCAGUUCAAGAGCAUGUGCCGGAGACCCACCCCGCCAGGUCUGUAUGGGCGGGGCCUGGGGAAGGCCAGCUGACCACAUCCGCAGGGCAAAAGUGGCACCACAUUGCUGGGCUCACUACUGUGGAAUCUUGCCUCCUCUUGGGGCCAGCCCCUUAGGGCCCAUCCUUGGGCUGAGUGAGACCUUAGCACGACCCCAAAGGGCAAGGGUUGCCCCCCUUUCCCCUUCUGAGAGCUGUGGGUUUAAAAUGUUAAACAUGUCAUACGUGUGGCCAAACACCCUAGCAUGUUUUGAGGAAACAUGUUAUGUUGCAAGCCCUGGUACAUUGGAAAGUACUUUGGAAAGUACCACAGCUGCAGGGAAGCUUCUAGCUGAGAAAAUGAUUACCAGGUUGGGUUGGCUUGAGCGGCAUGCCUGGGUGUAUGGCCAUAGAGCCUUGGAGGUAUUAUGGGAGGGGCAAUACUUCUGGGCAAGAACUUGUGGUGCAGAGGUCUCCAUGGUGGGGAAGCUUAGCACCUGUGGAAUAUUUUGCCCCUUAUAGUAGUGUGUGAAAAGUCUGCCGUCCAGGCUUGGAUCUAAUAGCUCUCCCUUUUCCAUCUGGCUGCAGGAGAGGCCUUCCACUCCUCGGAGCACCACCGGCAUGUGGACCUCACUGCUCCACCCAACAGCCCCACAGGCCUCCCCUCGCAGCCGCCGGCACUCCUCCCGACAAAGCAGAUGCCUGCCCACCCUGGGCCCUUCAGCUCCCCUCCUCACGUCCACCUGAGCUCCUCACCGCAGGCGGCCCCCUUCCCUGCGCCAGCCCUCAGUCCACACACACCGGUGCCCAAGCCAGGAGCAGACUCCCCUCCCACUGGAUCUUGCAAGAGCCCACACCUGCCAACUGCCAAUGUGCCACUGCUGAAGAUACCGCCUCCUGUAGGCUGCACUCAUCCAUGCAACGGCCAUUGCAGCGGCUCCUUGGGUCCUCCGACUGCCUCGCAUCAACUGCCCAGCACCAACAGGUGAGUGGAGCCCUGGGCAUAGGGUUGCUGAUAGGAAUGUGCCCAGCACCUUCCUGCGGUAAUUUGCCACUUGGCAGAAGUCAUCCUUGUGGCGUGCAUUUUAGGAUAGCAGCCUAAGGACCAUUAUCUCUGCUCAGUGUGAGUGAACCAUUUGAAACUCCAGGCAGGUGGAUAGACUAGGGGUACCUCUACAGUGUCACUAUUUUGCGGGGGAGGAAUUUAAGUGCAUACUGGAACUGCAGGAUGGCAAAAUUAAAGUUGAUUAAAGCUUUCUGUUGGUCUAGUCCAAGGUUUCUCAAACUUGGGUCCCCGGCUGUUGUUGGAUUACAACUCUCAUCAUCACUAGCUAGCAGGACCAUUGGCCAGGGGUGAUGGGAGUUGUAGUCCAACAACUGCUGGAGACUCAAGUUUGGGAAAUCCUGGACUAGUUAGUGCAGUAGAUCCACCUUCAAAAAAGUGGACGUUUUGCGCCUUGGAAAUGACAGGAAAAUGUGAAAAGUAUGAGAUGGAGGAGAGAUUAUUGGGAGGAUGUGUAGGCAUCCUGCAAACAAAUUCAGGAUGAAUGCAGGACAAUUGCUUGUUGUCAUGUAACUGCUCUGCAAACAAAUAACAAUGAGCCUAAUUGCCCUGUAUACUUCGUGCAAGCAAAUGAAGGUGAAUGCUGAAUUAACAGGACUUCUGGAGAAGCCCUCUUUUCACCUGUGUUGUCUAGGCAGCUGAAUGGGCAACUUGGUCUUCUUUCCCUGCUGUGUUCUCUCCAGCUCCCAAAGGAGGCUUGUGUUCAAUCCUGUCCUAAAAAAUUGAAACCAGACGCAGUCUGUGACUUCUGCGCCUGAGGGGAUUGCUGUUACAGUAGGGAUGGCUUGAGCAUUUGCUUGUCUAGAUUUAGUGAUGCUUACCAUGAACCAUUUGGAGAGAGGGCCUGUCCAACCUGCUGGGACCAGUGCAUGAGGCAGGGUUUUAUUUAAGCUCUUAGAAGUGCCAGCUCUGGAUAAUGUUAUUUUGGGCAUAGCUAUCCCGCCAUUGUUGGAGCUUCACUUGCACUGUUAAGAGUCAGUGCUGGCAUAACAUUUUUAUUUCCGUAAAAAAAAAUAUAAAUGAAAAAAGUUACACUAGAAUGCAAACUCCAUGUAGUUUUAGAACGAAAGAGCUAUGAAUGAGAGCGGGCAGGAAUCUCUCACACUCAUGGAUCUAUCCUACAGAGUCCACAAGCCUUUUGUAUUCCGUUGAAACUUUUUUCAUGAAUAUUUUGCCAUGAAGGAAAAAGUUACCGUUUUUUUCACUCUAUAAGACGCACCAGACCACAAGACGCACCUAGUUUUUGGAGGAGAAAAACAAGAAAAGAAAAAAUUCUGAAUCUCAGAAGCCAGAACAGCAAGAGGGAUCGCUGCGCAGUGAAAGCAGCAAUCCCUCUUGCUGUUCUGGCUUCUGUGAUAGCUGUGCAGCCUGCAUUCGCCCCAUAAGGCACACACACAUUUCCCCUUACUUUUUAGGAGGGAAAAAGUGAGUCUUAUAGAGCAAAAAAUACGGUAUUUCAGAACCUGUUGUUAAGUGUUGCAAAGUAAUAUUAUUGGCCUUCUCUGAAGAUGGGGGUGCUGGAGCGCUGCAGGGUUUGAUCCCUAUUUUCCAUUGUGUUUGCCAUUUUUUAGCCAUAUUACAGCCUCUUUUUAAUUCUUAGCCCUGCAGCAUUUCAGCAUCAGAACUGAUCAGAUUUCUGUGUUGAUGCUGCCCUUUCAUACCCUUCUGCUUUCUCAGGCUUAAACCCCACCCCACCCCCACUCGCAGCGCGCGCACACACACACAUACAUACAUACAUACAUACACACACACACCCCAAGUUCAAUCUUCAGGCCUCUGCAGGGUUGAGGAGAGGAUGAAGCAUUUUGUUUUGUUUGGUUAAAUCAUUUGUGCUGCAUGUUUUCAUGCAAGUGUCCAAGAUGACUCUCAACAAUAAAUAUAUAAGCCCUUAUCAAGCCAAAAAAUAAGCAAACAGUAAAAAAACAAAACCCUAGUCUGGUACCUAAACGGAAACAAGAACUGUUGUCAAACAUUUCAUUAUUGUAACCAGAAUAUUUAUUUUAUGUUUUUUUAUUUCACAGAAUGUACACUUGAUUGUAAGAAAAAACCUCAAAAAAUAGAAGUUACUUAUAAAUGGAAGUGAACAUGAGGCCCACAGAUAAAAGAUUGGCUGAAUAAGGUUUAGAACACAUUGUACAUGGUUAAAUGGACUCACCUAGAAUAAUCCCAAGAAGGACAAAAACAGUUGCUUAAUACAAUAAAUUUGGAAUUCCAUAAUUGGAAUUCCAAACUAUACAUUUUCAGGAAAAUAUACCCAGUGAUAGUUCUGGGGUUUUUUGUGUUGUUUUUUUUUAAUGUACGUAAUAAUGAAACCUGCUUAUUACUGAGGGCUGAGUAAUUUUACAUAUGCUAUAUAUGUAAGAUACACAACCUACAUAGGUAUAGACUCAGUAAAGAGCUUUAAAACCUUUUUUUUUCCUUUUCAAAAAAGGCAAACUGCAGAAACAUUCAUAAUCUGUCAGUGGAGGCCCAGGGAAGAGAAGAUUGCUUUCAUUCCAAUGCCAGGUGAAAGCCCCGUUGGGGAGUGAGCUCCAAAGAUGGGGUGUUCCAACAACAGAAAAUCCCCUUUCUCUAACAGUCUACCUGCUUGGUCCUCUCAAAGGCAGUGACAUAGAACAGGGUCUGUACAGAUGAACUCGGUCAGGCAUUUUGCUCACAGACUACCUAGGGCUUUGUAGAUCAAAAGCAGUGCUUUGACUUGAGCUUGGAGGCCAAUUCAGCCCAUCUGUCUGGCCUGCUUCUCACCUGCCUGCUCUUCCUUCCUCUUGCAGGGACCCUUCCUGCAAAGGCCACAAGUUCCCCAACGGUACAAGCUGCCACGCACCACAGUCCUGCGAGGCAGACGAGGGGCUUGGCGAGGACGAGGACAGCAGCUCCGAGCGCAGCUCCUGCACCUCGUCCUCCACAACCCAGAAAGAUGGGAAGUUCUGCGACUGCUGCUACUGUGAGUUCUUCGGCCACAACGCGGUAAGUAGAAUCAGAGUCAGCAGCAUCCAUGACCUUCACUCACAGACUUGUUUCUAUGUGGGCGGCUUGGAAAAACACCAUGUUGACAAUACACCCAUGGCAUGCAUCAUUGCUCAUCUCUCUUGGCCUUGGUAGCCUUGAGAUUAGCUUCUCUCUCCACCCCCAAAUCCCAGUAUUCUAGCCUUGGACUUCCACACAGUUCUCUCAACCCUGUCAUUUCCUUUCGUUCCUGUCCUGAGCUGCUGGAAUAAAGCCCUGCUGUUGCAUCUUGCAUUCAGCUGUUCCAGCUUUGGGGCCUCUGUAGUGUCAGUGGUUACGUGGAUGGAACUAGCUGUGGAUCUCAGCUCAGCCUUGGACCUAGCAGAGGGGAGAGAGAGCAGGAAAGCACAUGGUUUCUGUCAGUGGCAGUUGUAGAGCAGUAACCAUCUCCUGCACCCGCAGCAGACCAAUAGUCCAACUCUAUCCGCAGCCUCCGGCCGCCCCCACGAGCCGGAACUAUGCCGAGAUCCGGGAGAAGCUGCGCUCCCGGCUGACCAAGAGAAAAGAGGAGCUCCCUCAAAAGCUGGGGCACAGCAGCAGCUCGGGAGAGCCGGCGGUCGAUCACCGGGACGUGGAUGAGCUCCUGGACUACAUCAACAGCACAGAGCCGAAGCCCCUGAACAGUGCCAAGGCUGCCAAGCGUGCACGUCACAAGCAGAAGAAGAAGGUGGGCUGGGUGUGCGUGCGUGGAUGAGUGUGCAAAAGAGAGCGUACGCUGGCCCACAGCUUCUUGGAGAUUGAAUGUGAAGGGGAAGAGGGUAAGGAUCAUUUCAGAAUCCUGAUAGAAUGAGUCCAUAGAUUAGGGGGAAUAGUUUAAAUCCUGGCCCUAGCUAGGGAUGGAAAUGGGAUAGAACUUGCUUAGAAACUAAUCUGAAUUUUUAUAGCAUGUCCGUUCUUCAUAGAAGUGGGGCAGUUAUGCCUCAGUCCCCAGUUGUGUAUGCGUUUGGGUGGGCAGAUGACUGUAGAUAAGAGUUCAGCAGAAAGGAGGAUGAACUAUUUGACAAAUAUCUGUCGCUUCCCCAUGUCGACUUUUGACAUAUUUUCAUAAUUGAUACAGACUCCAAAAUGAUUAGUGGCAUAAUAAGAUCACAAGCUGUUUUCUUUCUUUCUUUCUUGCAAAUAGAUACUGCAGUUUCACCCUCAUCUAAGUAUUGCUAAUGAGUGUUGUGAGUACCUCUGGGCCUGAUCUGAGCCAUAUGAAACAGGACUCUCCCUCCAGUAUAUCCACACGUGAACAUGCCAAGCAGCUAGUUUGGGUUCUUUUGUGAAGGGAUUCAUUCUGGAGCUUGUCUAUGCUAUAGGGGGAUUCCUGAACAUAUGAAACUGUGUUAUGCAGAAUCAGACCACUGGUCCACCUAGCCCUGCAGUCACUGCUCUGACUUGCAGUGGUUUUCCAAAGUCUUAUGCUGAUGUCUUUCCCAUCCUUGUUAACUUUUUAAAUAGACAUUUUGGGAACAUUCUGCAUGCACAGUCUGUGCUGUGUAUGCUGCAAGAACACUUCAUUGACGUUUACUCGAAGGGUGCCGACUUGGCUGUUAACCUGUAUGAACACUCCUUGACUACUUAGUAUGUUUCAGUAAUGCUGUUUUGCCUGGCAUUUCAUGUUAUUCACAAGUUGCUAUGUAUCUGCAAGGAACUCAGUUUCCCUACUACCUUUGCAAACAGGAGAUGUGAUCUCUUUCACAGAGAGAUGAAAGAGGUGAAUUUAAGCUCUCUCUCCUCAGAUUCACAUGCACUUUUUAUCACGCCUGAUUCUCAUUCUCUCUCUCUCUCUCUCUCUCUCUCUCACACACACACACACACACACAGUGCAAACUAGUCAGAAGUUGAAGUGAAUUAAGGUUGCUUCUACAAUUGUUGUUGUUGUUAUAUCACAUUAUAUUCCACCUUAUUCUCCAAGGAGCUCAAGGUGGCAUGUACAUGGUCCUCCCACAUCCUCAUUUAACCCCCACAACAACCCUGUGAGGUAGGUUAGGCUGAGAGAAGGCAAUGACUGGCCCAAGGUCACCACCCAGCGAGAGCUUCAUGGCCGAGUGGGGAUUUGAACCCUGGUCUCUCCCAGAUCCUAACCAUCAUGCCACACUGGCUCUCUCACGCUGGGUUAUUGACUGAGGAUGCCUGGUCAGUGAAAUGGGCCCCUUCAGUCUUUCUCUCUUGUCUUCUUCAGUUGCUGCUGAGCUGGGGCAGGCAGUGUGAAAAUGUAACCGUGUUUCUCUGCUUGCAACCUUCCAGCCCCACACCCGCCCCAAAUGCUCCAGCGCCACAUGAACUAAGUUUAGGACCUGAGGUAUAGCAACCUUUCUGGAGCUUGUACACACAGGGAAAUGGCUGUGGGAAAUUGCUGGCAGCGCAUCUGUUCCUUAAGGUUUGUUACCAUAGCACAGGCUUUGUGUAUGCCAGUUCCCAGUGCCAAUUCCCAAGUGCACGGUGGUUUGCCGUAGUCCCCGUGCAGCUGCAUAGAAGUAGUUACUGUCAGCAGCUGAGAAGCAGGGGCCUCUUCAGCCAGCCAGCCGGAGUUUGGCUGCCAUCCUCACCACAGUCCCUCUUCUCAGUUGCCAGUAGGAAUACUAGAACGACUCGAGUUCAUGUUGCUAACUUCUGGACUUUCAGGAGAAGGAGAAGGCCCAGCUGGAGGCGGAGGCCCAGAAGCGAGUGGACCGGACCCCACCUACGGGUCAGGACCAGGAGCUGGCUGAAGAGAAGCUUCUGGAGUGGCCCCAGCUAGAACUGGAGCGAGUGAACAAUUUCCUGAGCAGCCGACUGCAGGAGAUCAAGAACACCAUCAAGGACUCCAUCCGUGCCAGCUUCAAUGUCUACGACCUCAACCUGGACGUCAACGACUUCCCAAAGAAGGCAGCCGUGCUGGAGCAGAAGAACCUGCUCUCCCACCUCAACGGCUCCUCGGAGCUGCAGGAGAUUGACCUCGACCUGUCUCCGCUUAGCCUGGGCACGCCACACAACCACACGUUGCUGCGGAGCGAGGUGGCCUCCCGAUGGGUAGAGAGCCCAGGCGAGGUGCCACCCCCGCCGCCCCCGGCUUGUGAGAACGGCGUGGUGAAGCGACUCAACGCCGUCCCCAACCUCUCACGCAUGAUCUGGGUCCAGUCCCCCAAGCCAACAGACUCUCCCCUGGAGAGUGGGGCCGGCCACGAGUCCAAGGAGGCGACCCCGGGCAGGGGAGUGGAGCCGCAGGAGCAAGCGCCCGCCACUGGGAAGCAGAGGAAGGGCAAGCGGCAGAGCUGCCCGGCCAAGAAAGGGGAGGCUCUCGCUUUGAGCAGUGAGGCUUCCGGCUCCAAGGGGGUGGGGCAGAAGAACCCCCCUAAGGGUACGGCUCCCGAAGCCCCGAGAGGAAGCAGCGUGGAGCACGGCGAUGGGGCCAGAGGGCUGCGGCAGGGGCAGGGCUGGGGUUGUGGCGGCUCUAAGGUGGACAAAGAGAAGAGUGCGGAGGGCAGGAGCCGGAGAGGGGAAGGCAGAACCGACCAGGCCGAGCAGGAGCCUGUUUCCUUGGGGACUGGUGAGCGGCAUCUGCCCCAUACAACUGCGCCAGAUGACUUGCCCCAGCCAAAGGGCAAAGGCAAGAAGAGUAGGAACAAAAUGGAGAAAGCGAACCCUUCCAUUGGUGAGUAUGUGGAAGGCUUUUCCUGUAUUUGGGCUGUUAUUUCUGCUCUCUGGCUUUUUCACAAAAAUAGAGAGUUGGAAGGGACCACGAGGGUCCAUCUGUUGCAAUGCAGGGAUCUUCUGCCCAAUGUGGGACUCGAACCCACAACCCUGAGAUUAAAAGUCUCCUGCUCUACUGACUGAGCUAUCCCAGCUUCUCAUUAAGAUUGGGGUGGGCCCCUUAUGCACUCAGGACGUUGGCGCUUCUGAGGCCCAUAAUACACUGGUGAGGCCCACCAAGUGCAUGACAGCUGCCAGUCCUGUUACGAAGGCUAGUGAGAGGGCAGGUACUAGCAUACAUCCUGAGGGCAUGCAUAACAGCCUAGAAUCUGGGUAUGUUUUGGACGAACACUUUAAAAAACUGCAAAAGUACCAGGGAGACUACCCCAUUUGCAUUAUACAUUCAAAGUAGUAUCACACCACUUUAAACAGUCAAAGAAUUCUGGGAAGUGUUAUUUAAGGGUUCUGACAGUUGUUAGGAGAACUCUCCUCAUAGAAUUACACUUCCCAGAGAGGCUGAACAAUCAAUGCCUCUUCCCAGGGAACUCUGGAGAUUGUAGGUCUGUGCAGGGAAUAGAGGUCUCCUAACAACUCUCAACACCCAUAACAAGCUACAGUUCUCAGGAUUUUUGCAGGGAAGCCAGGGCUAUUUAAAGUGGUAUGAUACUGCUUUAAAUGAAUAGUGCAGAUGGGGCCCCAUACUGUAUCCUGAGUGUGAGCUAUGCACAUUUUCUGGACCAAGUUUAUUCUUCCAUAUAGGAUUUUUUAAAAGAAUUUGGAAUAUUGCGGCAAGAGUUGAUGUUGUGAAGGUACAGGAGAGACAUGGCUGUUAAAACAGCUGUAUGUAGGGCUUAGGGCUAAGGUUUAAUGGGGGUAAGGUGAGACAGCUUUUGUGGCCUGCUCAGCUCCCUAAGGCCCAGCUCAAAACUCUGUGUAUUUUCAGACUUCUCCGUGCAAUUAUGAGAGCAUGUUGGCAUUGAUUAAAACUGAGAUUCUCAUAAAGCCAGGCUCAGAAGUGUGGAAUUUUGCAUACCCUUUAACUGCACUUUCCUAUGUUCCCACUGAAAUUUAUUUUUACCCCACCAGUGCUUGCUGUGCAUCACAAACUUUGUGUAGAGUAGUCACACUCUGUCACACAUCUCGCUUUCUCUGCUUUGGGCCAGUGGUUGUGGACUUGGGCACCUUGAGCAUCACUGCAGGGGAGUCUCCUGGCUUGGGCAGCUAAUGAUGUUUGAGUGGUGUGAGGCAGGUGCCUGGUUUGGAAGGGAAGGAGGAGAUCCCUGUCACUGACUAUGAGCAGCUCUCGGGCCCAGCUAACUCUUUCUUCUUCUUUUUCACUGUUGUGAUUUGUUAGAUGAUGUGUUCCUGCCCAAAGACUUAGAUGGUGUGGAAAUGGAUGAGACUGACAGAGAAGUGGAAUACUUCAAGAGGUAAGACUUGGUCCCGAUUAACUGUGGAGUCCUGGGAUCAGGGCCUUGCAGACGAGAAAUAAAUCAAUGCCAUACAUCAGGGAUGUGGAACCUUGGGUCUGGGAACUAAAUGCAGAUACUCCCUUGGGGUACUCGCCAGACCACACACACCCUCUCCCGGGGCAACAUCCCUCCCUGCUCCCUCCCUGAGUGUUUUUGCCUUGCUGGAAUGUACCUUGAACAUUGAUAGAAUACAAGUGUCAUGUAGCAGCAGUCUUCAAGCACCACCUUCUGUCAGAGAGAGCCAUCAAAGCAUGAUAGUCCAGGAAAAUCUGAAAAUGUGGUUCUGCCCACCAGCUCAAGCCCAGAAGGAGGAGAUUGAAAACUGGCUGCUGCCUGGGAAAAGCAUCUUAGGUCCAGAGAGGAUUUCUUCAGGAGUGGUCUCCCAUUUCCUUUCUUCAAGGAGACCAGAGUCACAUCUUCUCUGAGCCAAAGUUGUUCAUUCCUCUUUGGCUAAAAGGAAUCACCAAAUUCGCCCAUACCCUUUUUGAUGAGCUACCUGCCCUAUAGUCCCUAAAAAUCUUGGCUUCUGUGCUGCAAACAGCACACACUACAUAUCUUCUUCCUCAGCUUUGUCCAGCAUCCCUGCCUAUGUUGCCUGUCUCUGCCAGUAGGACCUAGCCCAUCAUUGUGUUGUCCUGCAACAUAUUUUCCAAAGUAUUUUCAUCACAGAAGUGGUGCCGCCUGGUGCCAUUGUGCUGUUAACCCUUUGCCCCUUAAAAUCAUUAGGAUGUUUGUGGACAUUCCUUGUUGAAGAAUCUGAGCAACUCCAUGAGGGAGUAAGGGGAAGUUCACAGGAGACAGGCAGCUAUAUUAUAUGUGUGAAUAAAACAAGGAUCCCGCAGCCCCGUCAUUUCCUCACACUAGUUGUUGAUUUUCUGUACUUGCAGGUUUUGCCUGGACUCAGCCAAGCAGACCCGGCAGAAAGUGGCUGUGAACUGGACCAAUUUCACCCUGAAGAAAACCACUUCGAGUGCAGCUCAGUGAGGUGUGCGGUGCACCCCUGGUAUAUGUGCAGGGCCCCACACCUCGCCUUCCCUCCCCCAAACCCAUAGACAGACACUUGGCCUCACCAACCCUUGCUCUUCCCCCCUCUCCCCUCCCCCUGGGGCUCCUAUUCCUAGCCUAUAGGCAAGGCCUGGACAGCCCUUGCGUCCCUCACCUCGUAAGUGUUCGACGUUCGGGGAGAUGCUGACUGAGCCGCCCCAAGCCCAGGGGCAGUCUUGAUCGGCCAAGGCCCAGCGUGGCACAGGGACCAGGCUGCACCCAAUAAAGGACUUUUUAAUUUUUUAUUUUAUUUAAAAAACCCAA